UGAGGCGUGUGAGUUUGGUGGUGCCAGGAGGACCCUGAUCCUCUGCCAGAGAAAAGCCCAGGCGCAAAGAAAAGAGGGGAGGAAUGCAAAAUCGGAGCUGCUCUGUGUAGAUUUCGACGAAACUGUUGCACUGCAGGAAUACAACAGCUAUCGGGAGAUUUCUCUCUCUCUCUCUGUGUGUGUCUCUCUCUCUUCAAUGCACGGACACUGGAGGGGAAAGAAAAACUGAGGGAAACGUUGCAACUCGAGGAUCAUCUCACCGAAGACCCGAUAGUGUCUCCGACUUGCAGGGUGUCACCCUAAAAGCCAAGGAACAAUGUCAUCCACUAAAUUCAAGAAGGAUAAAGAGAUCAUUGCCGAUUAUGAGACCCAAGUCAAAGAGAUCCGUAACCAGCUGGUGGAGCAGUUCAAAUGCUUGGAGCAGCAGUCCGAGUCCCGCAUCCAGCUGCUGCAGGACCUGCAGGAGUUCUUCCGCCGCAAGGCAGAGAUUCAGCUGGAGUAUUCCCGCAGCUUAGAGAAACUGGCCGAGAGAUUCUCCUCCAAGAUCCGCAGCUCCAGAGAGCACCAUCAGUUCAAGAAAGACCAGCACCUGCUGUCCUCUGUAAACUGCUGGUACCUGGUCCUGAACCAGACGAGGCGUGAGAGCCGCGACCAUGCCACUCUCAAUGACAUCUACACCAACAACGUGAUUGUCCGCUUGGCUCAGAUCAGCGAGGACGUCAUCCGCCUCUUCAAAAAGAGCAAGGACAUUGGGAUCCAGAUGCACGAGGAGCUGGUGAAGGUGACGAAUGAACUCUACACUGUGAUGAAGACGUACCACAUGUACCACACUGAGAGCAUCAGUGCAGAGAGCAAGCUGAAGGAUGCUGAGAAACAGGAGGAGAAGCAGUUCAGUAAGUCAGGCGAUCUCAACGUUAACCUCCUGCGCCAUGAGGACCGGCCUCAGAGACGCAGCUCUGUCAGGAAAAUUGAGAAGAUGAAAGAGAAGAGGCAAGCCAAGUACUCAGAGAAUAAGCUGAAAUGCACAAAAGCCCGGAAUGACUAUUUGUUGAACCUGGCAGCAACAAAUGCUGUUGUGGCGAAAUAUUACAUCCAUGACGUCUCUGAUAUGAUUGAUUGCUGCGACUUGGGUUACCAUGCAAGCCUGGCACGCACCUUCAGGACCUACUUAUCUGCAGAGUACAACUUGGAGACGUCACGCCAUGAGGGCUUGGACAUUAUAGAGAAUGCCGUGGACAACCUGGACUCCCGCAGUGACAAGCACAAGAUCAUGGAUAUGCAUAACCAGGUGUUCUGUCCUCCUAUGCGCUUUGAGUACCUGCCACACAUGGGAGACGAGGUGUGCCAGGUGAGCGCCCAGCAACCUGUCCAGACUGAACUCCUUAUGCGCUACCACCAACUGCAGUCUCGCUUGGCUACUCUGAAAAUUGAGAAUGAGGAGGUGAGAAAGACCCUAGAUGCCACCAUGCAGACGCUGCAGGACAUGCUGACAGUGGAGGACUUUGAUGUGUCGGACGCCUUCCAACACAGCCGCUCCACUGAGUCCAUUAAGUCUGUGGCCUCUGAGUCUUACAUGAGCAAGCUGAAUGUAGCCAAGAGGAGGGCCAACCAGCAGGAGACUGAAGUAUUCUACUUUUCAAAAUUCAAGGAAUACCUGAAUGGCAGCAACCUCAUCAUUAAACUGCAGGCCAAACAUGAUUUACUGAAGCAGACUCUGGGUGAAGGGGAAAGAGCUGAGUGUGGAACAACGAGGCCCCCCACUCUCCCCCCUAAACCACAGAAAAUGCGGAAGCCUAGGCCACGCUCCGUGUAUAACCAUAAGCUGUUUAACGGCAAUAUGGAGACCUUCAUCAAGGAUUCAGGUCAACCAAUUCCACUUGUUGUUGAGAGCUGUAUUAGAUACAUCAAUCUCUACGGACUGCAGCAGCAAGGCAUAUUCCGGGUGCCUGGAUCACAGGUGGAGGUCAAUGAUAUUAAAAACUCAUUUGAGAGAGGUGAAGAUCCCUUGAUAGAUGACCAGAAUGAGCAUGACAUCAACUCAGUGGCAGGGGUGCUGAAGCUCUACUUCAGAGGGCUGGAGAACCCACUGUUCCCAAAGGAGCGCUUCCUGGAUUUCAUCUCUACCAUCAAGCUGGAGACUGGAGCUGAGAGAGCGCAUCAUAUCCAGCAAAUUAUUGUGACUCUUCCACGCACCAUUAUAAUCGUCAUGAGAUACCUUUUUGCUUUCCUCAAUCAUCUGUCUCAAUACAGUGAUGAGAACAUGAUGGACCCUUACAACUUGGCGAUCUGUUUUGGUCCAACACUGAUGCCCAUCCCGGACGGCCAGGACCCCGUAGCCUGCCAAGCACAUGUUAAUGAAGUCAUCAAGAUGAUCAUCAUCCACAAUGAAGUCAUCUUUCCCAGUCACCGUGAACUGGACGGCCCAGUGUACGAAAAGUGCAUGACUGGAGGAGAGGAGUACUGUGACAGCCCCCACAGUGAACCAGGGACCAUCGAUGAAGCUGACAAUGGAACUGAACCACACACCAGUGAUGAAGAGGUUGAACAGAUCGAAGCCAUCGCUAAGUUUGACUAUGUGGGACGUACUCCAAGGGAGCUGUCCUUCAAGAAGGGAGCCUCCCUGCUUCUGUAUCACCGAGCCUCUGAAGACUGGUGGGAGGGCCGCCAUAAUGGUGUGGAUGGUCUGAUCCCACAUCAGUACAUAGUGGUGCAAGACCUGGAUGAUGCUUUCUCAGACAAUCUUAGCCAGAAAGCAGACAGUGAAGCGAGCAGUGGCCCGCUGCUGGAUGACAAGGGUUCCUCCAAAAAUGAUGUCCCAUCACCAUGCGAGCAGUCACCUGAUUACAACUUUGGAGGAGUUAUGGGGAGGGUGAGGUUACGAUCAGAUGGAGCUGCAAUCCCACGUCGUCGGAGCGGCACAGAUACCCACAGCCCGACCAGGGUGCCUGACACCCCACCACGUGCCGCAGCCUGUCCCAGCAGCCCUCACAAGGUGUCCAUCAGCAAAGGUCGUAUUGAGAGCCCGGAGAAAAGACGCCUGGGCACGUUUGGCAGUGCAGGCAGCAUCAACUAUCCAGACAGGAAGGCCUAUCCCGAGGGACACCCGCUGAGACCAGUGCCGGGGGCAACUCGGCACAGCAGCCUCGGGGAUCACAAAUCACUGGAGGCUGAGGCUCUGGCUGAAGACAUAGAGAAGACCAUGACCACAGCCCUGCAUGAGCUCCGUGAACUGGAACGUCAGAACACCGCCAAGCAAGCCCCAGACGUGGUCCUGGAUACCCUCGAACCCAUGAAGAACCCAGUCAGCUCUGAGCCCGCUAGCCCGCUUCACACCAUUAUGAUCCGAGACCCCGAUGCAGCCAUGCGCCGCAGCAGCAGCUCCACCUCUGAAAUGAUGACUACCUUCAAACCUGCCCUGUCUGCCCGGCUGGCAGGGGCUCAGCUACGUCCCCCUCCCAUGAGGCCCGUGCGGCCCCCGCCAACCCAGCACCGCUCUAGCAGCUCCAGCUCUUCAGGGGUUGGCAGCCCAGCUGUUACCCCCACCGAGAAGAUAUUUCCAAAUAACAAUGCAGCUGCUGGUUCCAGUGUUAAUACCGCUAAUGAAGCUGGGGAUAAGUCUGGCACCAUGUAGCAAAGGUGGAAUCUGUUAGGUGGGAAGGCUUUCCAGCUUUCCAAGUGAGAGGAAAGCCUGUGGAAAUGGGUGCUGAUGUGUGACAAGCAGGUGUGGAUGUUUAACUCUUUGUUUUGCGCUUGACUUAAUUCAUGAAUUCAGGAAACUCAUGAAGUGAGCCUGUUACCAUGGCGAUGAAGUAGUUAGAAAAUCUUUAGGGGUUUGAUAACAUCAAGCUCAACACUCUUUGAAACUUGAUUUAACUACAGAUAUGUAGAGAACAAGUAGAAGUAAACUUGUAUUUCUGUUUUACCUCAACGUAAACAAAAUCUGUGGCCAGGUUCUCCAGUCAGAGAUACAUAUGAAUGAAAGUGAAGCAAUACUUGUGUGACAUCAGUUUCCCCUCCUGCACAGGCUGUCCAGCUGAUGUUUCAGCCACACCCGCUGUUGUGCAUGAAACACCCCAUCUGGACUGGCACAGACACUCAGUCUAAAAGAUCGUGUCUAUGACAGGGUUUUGGGUCACAGGCCUCCUGGCUGUACAUAAAGACUUACUUGAAGUUGUCAUGCUUUCUGUUUGUACUAUAAUGCAAUGGAUGUUCAACAAAUUAACAACAUAGCAACAUUAUAUAAUUCUGCAUGCAGGGUCUGGAAAAAAUAAUGGCAAUACUCUCUAAUGGUGUGUAUUCAUCUGAAACCUUAAUCAUUAUAACAGCAGUGAAAUUGCUGUUGUAGCUGUCAUGUCCAAAUCCCUGACAAAAUACUAGAGUGGGAUCAUUAAUUUGUUAUGCAAAUGUUUUUUGGAUGUAUCAGGGGCACCCCAGUGCACGUUCCAUGCAUCAGGGUGGAUCCUUGCUGCAGCAGCCCAGAUUCGGGUCCAUCCCAGGCCACUUGCCGCCUGUCAUCCACUCUCUCUCCUCUGCCUUUCCUGCCUCUUUCUUUACUGUCACUUACAAAUAAAAAGUGGAAAUGAAAAAAAAAAGGAUGAUCAGACCACUCUCCACCCCGGAGAGACACCGCUCCCAUUGCUAAAUAAAAUGCACCCUGGCAUGAAAGUGAUCACAGUUUCAACAGUACAAAAGAUGCUAUUUAACAGUGGGAACAAAACUAGACAUAGAAAGACACACUCUCCUCUCGUGGACAGAUUUCAUAUUAGUGUUUCAUAUUUUUUCCAUAUCCUGCUCAUAGGAUGCAGAAAACUAAUGUAGCAACUAAUUGUAGGAAUCCUGUGGUAAACUUGUACAUAAUUUACUGGUAGUUUUUUUUUUAAAAGUGCUAAUCCUGUACAGGCCAACACAAAAUAGGCAAGCAACUGAUGUGAAUGGCAUUUGUAAAGAUUGAAUCCAACCACAAAAACAUCUUUAUUCUCUUCUACAGUAAAUAGCAAGCACAUCAUCUGGCUGUGCUGAUUUAGUGAAAAUAAUAUCAGUUACUUUGGUCUGUACAUUAUGUUUAAAUGGUAAUUAUGUUUAAUGUAGAUAUUUGAGCUUGAAUAACCAUUCAGUGUCAGUUUAGUGUCCAUGAAAGCUGAAUAAAGCUGGGUUUUCAAUGACAGAUUUGACAUAACAUGCCCAUCUUCGAAUUCUUGAACUUUUGCCCAGUCAAGUCUGACUUGCGUGAUUCGAUUAUUGCACAAGGUAUGCAGAAAAGUAUAUUUUGACUUGUUCAAAACUCAAAUAUGACACAAGACAAGACAAACCUGAAUUUUUCCUGUGCAUUACACAUUAAAUAUAACAUACUACUAUCACAGUGGUUUUCUCUGUCCCUGCUUUUCUCCUAUCUUAGUUGAUAGAUACAGUCAUGCUCUGACAGUAGACUGUUCCCUUUUUUGUGGGGGGAAAACUAAAUAAAGAAAGUUUCAGUGUUUGUAUAUCUACUGUA